AUGUCUGUAAAGCUUCUGAUAUUGAUAAUGUAUGCUUUAAGCAGGCAAGCAGGGUGUGAAGAUAAUGGAUUCACUUACAAUGGCUUCAGAUCAGCAAACCUGAGCCUAGAUGGCUUAGCCGAGGUAACGUCCAACGGCCUUUUGAGGCUAACAAAUUCCACCACGAAACAGAAAGGUCAUGCCUUUCACCCAAAUCCAGUUAGAUUCAAGAACUCACCAAAUGCUUCAGCUCUCUCCUUCUCCACUACCUUUGUGUUUGCUAUAGUGCCUGAAUACCCUAUUUCUGGUGGUCAUGGAUUGGCUUUUGCAAUUGCACCAAACAGGGGCCUUCCAGGAGGCCUUCCUGCCCCAUACCUUGGCCUUCUCAAUCGCACCAAUAAUGGUAAUCUCACAAACCAUCUCUUUGCAGUUGAGUUUGAUACUGUAUCGAGUCGCGAGUUUGAUGAUAUCAAUGAUAACCAUGUUGGCAUAAACGUAAAUCGAAUGAAGUCUGAAGCAUCAAAACCAGCAGGUUAUUAUGUUGGCAGCAAACCUUUUCUUCAAAACUUGACUCUUAUCAGUGGCCAGCCAAUGCAAGCUUGGGUAGAGUAUAGUGGUUCAAAGAAGCAAAUUAAUGUCAGUUUAGCACCUUUAUAUGUCGGGAAGCCUAAAAUCCCUCUUUUAUCUUUGUCCUAUGAUCUUACUCCAAUCCUAGAACAAACCAUGUAUCUUGGGUUUUCAUCAGCAACGGGGUCUAUAUUCUCGAUUCACUAUGUUCUGGGAUGGAGCUUCAAGAUUAAUGGUAUGGCCGCGGGGCUUGAUAUCUCUCUGCUUCCGAGGCUACCUCGAAUAGUACCCAAGAAGAAGUCUAAGCUUUUGACAAUUGGUUUGCCUGUGAUUUUAACUGUCUGUGUUUUAGCAACGGUUUCUGGUGUAACUUAUUAUGUCGUGAUAAAAAGGAAGUUUGCUGAAGUGCUUGAGGACUGGGAAGUUGAGUAUGGACCUCAAAGGUUCAAGUACAAAGAGUUGUACACUGCCACUAAAGGAUUUAGCGACAAGGAGCUUUUAGGCAUUGGGGGCUUUGGAAGAGUGUAUAGAGGAGUGUUGCCUAACAAGAAGACGACUGAAAUUGCUGUAAAGAAAGUCUCUCAUGAAUCAAGACAAGGAAUGAGGGCAUUUGUUGCUGAAGUGGUUAGUAUGGGGGGACUUUGUCAUAGGAAUUUAGUGCCACUUCUAGGUUAUUGCAGGCGUAAAAGAGAGUUGAUGUUGGUUUAUGAAUACAUGCCUAAUGGAAGUCUCGAUAAGUAUUUGUAUGAUGAACCAAAAUGUACUCUCAAUUGGAGCCAAAGAUUUCAAGUAAUCAAAGGAGUGGCAUCAGCACUAUUCUAUCUGCAUGAAGAGUGGGAGCAUGUGGUCGUUCAUAGAGAUAUAAAGGCCAGUAAUGUGUUGCUAGAUAGCGAAUGGAAUGGGAGAUUAGGAGAUUUUGGGCUAGCUAGAUUAUAUGAUCAUGGAACUGAUCCUCAAACUACACAUGUAGUAGGAACUCUAGGCUAUUUAGCCCCGGAGCACAUAAGAACGGGCAAGGCCACAACAAGUGCAGACGUUUUUGCAUUUGGAGCAUUCUUGCUUGAAGUUGCAUGUGGAAGAAGGCCGAUGGAGCCAAAAGCGCCAAAUGAGGAUUUUGUUUUGAUGGAAUGGGUAUUUUCUUGGUGGAGUAGAGGUGAAGUUUUGAAGGCUAUUGAUCCUAAACUAGGCCCGAAUUACGUUACGGAAGAAGCAGAGUUGGUUUUAAAACUUGGACUAUUGUGUUCUCUCUUGGAGCCAACAGCUAGGCCAAGCAUGCGACAAAUUGUUAUGUAUUUGGAAGGCUCUACACCACAUCCACAACUAUUAUCACUUAGUCUUUCCACAGCUGGCCUAAAAGGCAGUUGGCGUUGAGGUUUUGAAGAUUUGCUACUAUAUAUACUAAUAUACGUCUCUUUCAGCCUUCGGAGUGAAGACAAGCUCACGCUGGAAUGAAUGAUUGACUAGUGCAUAUGUAGCGUAUUGGUUUUAAUUUGAGCUUUGUAAAUUGUGUAAUAUAUUUUUAUUAUGUAUCUAUAAUUUGACAAUAAAAGAAUCAAUAAUGGAGU